AUGCUCAAAUCAACAAUUCUCUCUAUCCUUGCAUUGACUGUGCCUAUGGCAUCCGCAGUGGAGGCACUGGAGAAGCCUAUGACACCCGCGAUGGAGAAGGCGUUUAAAUUCGGGAUCACAAGCGACAAUAUUAAAUGCCAUACAAUCGAAAUUGACACUUGGAUACCAGAUGGGAAAUGCCUUGGUUUACCCGGUAAACUUCUAAAUCCUGGCAAGAUUACAUCUACAUGUCGAGUUUUUGCGUAUAUGGGUCGGGAUUGCACUGGAAAUGAGAUACAGAUCGUUACAAACGUCAACGGCUGGUGUUAUAAAAUUGACAAUUACUACUCUAUCAAAGCUUUUUGUGCUGAGGUCCCCGACAUUCUCUUUGACCAAUGUCUCGAUAUAUUCAAGAAAGACAUCACCUGGUCAUCCAACCCAAACAUACUCAAAAUCGACCCCAGAGGGGCAGCAGCUUGCAGGAUCUGCGUCUUAUUAUCCUCAAAAUUCUGCAGCUCGGAGACAUCACAGCCCUUGGAUAUCGAGUACUUUCUGGUGGAUCGCUAUGGGUAUUUUAUUCGUGUUCACGAUAUCAUGUUUCGACCCGCAGGAUCAAAAGCCUUUAUGGGCGACACCGUAAGGCUUGCGCUGCAGAAGAUGAACCCAACAGAUGACGAUGGAGAUUUACCUCACAUGAUUCAUUUUAAAUCAAACAUCUCCUCAUUUACCAACUCGAGCCUGACCCCAAGCCCUACCAAGAGCGUCAGAAGUCGACGGGUUCAGUUGGACUACACCAAGCCUGCGAUGUUCUUCGGCCCACUGGGGCAAUCUUACGGUUCGGAGGAGGAGAUGUCAGAUAAUGGCGACUCGGAGUCACGAAGUGCUGAACAAACAGCGCCCACGAUACAUCAGCAAGUGAGGAAAUUGUCGCUGGAACAUGCCGACGUCACCUCCAGCGCUGUCAUCCACGCCAGAAUACCUCCCACGGUCUCCUCCUCAAUCAGGCGGUUGUUAGGAGAAGCUGCAGAUCCAGUUCUGCCUCGCGACAUUAUCUCACGAAUCAGCUUUGCCUCGCCGACGGAAUACUUCCCCUGUCUUCCAAUCACAGCCGCCCUCCUUUCGUUGUCCGCAUCUAGCGAUCCGGUCGCCGCGAAGACGUUUACCUGUCCGAUUAUUGAAGUAAAAGCACCCGGAGGCAAUUUCCAAGAAACCAGCUACCAAGUUGCUAUUGCCUCAGCUGCAAUGUUGCAAAGACUUAGGCUACUGGAUAAGGAUGCUGAUGACGGUGGUGACUAUAUGCCGGUCAGAGUCUUAGGCCCUUGCCCCUCUGGGAACACGGCGACAUACCUUGGCUUGGACCGCCUCCUGCGAAUAGUUGAGGAAGUCAAACUUUGGGGAAAGGAGACAUCUGCAGAUUAG